GGUCUUUGUUUGGAUGGAUUGGUUCGCUUGCAUCAGAACUAAACCCACAAAGGAAUAAGGUCGGAUAUUCAACUUUUUAUACAACAAUGGGAUUUCUCUGGUAGACAUUUCACAGGUGUUUACUACUGUCAUUAUUGUGUAAAGGCAGCAGCCAUUAGGUUCAACACAGUGGGUCGUGUUAUGAGUAAUAGGUUCGGUACUUCCAUUGCCGGACAGUAGAUGUGUUAACAGCAGCUUCUAGCAUCUGUCGUCCGCCAACUGGCCAUAGCUGUGGCUAGCAGGUUAGAUGCUGUUUUCUCUCACACAAUUACACGAAGAAUAUUCAAUCCGAGCCUGAAGUCCUGCAGUGAGCGGGACCGAAAGGAUCUGUCCACCCUGGACCUCUUCACGCCCCUGUUAUUCUGGGACAGGAAGGACCCGGCCACCCUGGAACACAUCAAACCAUGCUGGUACUGGGACAAGAAGGACUUGGCCCACACCCCGUCCCAGUCCGACGGGCUGGACCCUGCCACUGAGGCCGGGUACCGCAGAGAGGGGGCUCGCUUCAUCUUUGAUGUGGGCACACGGCUCGGACUGCACUAUGACACACUGGCUACCGGGAUUGUUUACUUCCACCGCUUCUACAUGUUCCACUCCUUCAAGCAGUUUCCUAGAUAUGUGACAGGAGGAUGCUGUCUUUUCCUGGCGGGCAAAGUGGAGGAAACUCCAAAGAAGUGCAAAGACAUCAUCAAGACCGCUCGCAGCCUGCUAAAUGACAUCCAGUUUGCACAGUUUGGAGAUGAUCCCAAGGAGGAGGUGAUGGUGUUGGAGCGCAUUCUGCUGCAGACCAUCAAGUUCGACCUGCAGGUGGAGCACCCCUACCAGUUCCUGCUGCGCUAUGCCAAGCAGCUGAAAGGGGACAAAAACAAGGUGCAGAAGCUGGUUCAGAUGGCCUGGACCUUUGUGAACGACAGCCUGUGCACCAUGGUGGCCCUGCAGUGGGAGCCGCAGAUCAUCGCCGUGGCCGUUAUGUAUCUGGCUGGACGCCUCUCUAAGUUUGACAUCCAGGACUGGACUUCCAAGCAGUUGUCCCGGCGCUGGUGGGAGCAAUUUGUCCACGAUGUGCCUGUUGAGGUGCUUGAAGAUAUCUGUCACCAGAUCCUGGACCUGUAUUCUCAGGCCAAGCAGAAGAUUCCGGAUGGAGGGAUAGGGACAGCUGGAACCCCCCCCCAGCUUUCCCUCCUAUCCCCCCCUGCCCCACCGCAGGCCAAGAAGGCCUCCCCUCAGACCAGCCCCCGAUUACCAAGACCAGCCCAGCCCUCGCCAAAAGAUGACAGCAAGCCCAGCCAGCUGUCAAAUCUAGAACCUCCUCCACCUCCGCCCCCCCCGCCUCCUCCAGUCUCCAUAAACCCAGACCAUAAACCCCCUUCCUCCUAUCCACCAGCCUCAGAUCUCUCAUCCAGACCACCCCCCCCACCUUUACCCCAUUGCCCACCUCCACCACCUCCUCCUCCCAUGGACCUCCCCACCUCCAGCUCCCUGGUGUCCAGUGAAGGCUAUCAGAAGCUCCAGUCCAUGAUGAGGACAGAGGCCUCCUGUUACACCACUGCCCCCCCGGCCUGUGCUCCACCACUGGGCUUCCACCACUUCCCCCCUGGCACCACCCCCUUCCACACCCCCCCACUCUCAGCCUAUAGCUACCUGCUGGCUCCUCCUCCCUCAGUCAUUGGGAUGGCACCUAUUUUAAAUAGUGGGUACCCCCCCCCACCAACAACUGCUGGACACAAUCAGCUAGCCCCCCGGCUGCCUCCUGGGAUGCCCCCAGUCAGUGGGCUGAGUCGGGGUACAUGGAUGAGAUGAGGAUCACUCCCUGUAAAGGCAGCUUGAGUGAUAUGAAUGCUCUGUGUUAAAGGAGACAUGGAGGAUUGUCAAAUACAUGUUGCUUUAGCUCUCUUUUUUGCACAUUCUGUCAUUCCAUUCUGUCAUGUUUUAAUGUAGACAGUUUACACAUCUGUUUUAUCUUCUAAAAUGUAUAUUCGCCUGGUGUCCUAUUGACAUAUUUUGGAUGUUCAAUAGCACAAGACUUUCACGGUUAUCUUUUCAUACGCCUAAUUAAGAGAACGCAGUACUGUAACCACAGCUUUCCCCCCUCUGUUCUGUCUGUAAACGGCUUUGCAUUUAACAACUGCCAAUUCAAACAGAUUAGUUUGCUUUGUCAAAUAUCUUUCAACUGGUAUAUGAUGAAAAGGAAACUCUGGAAAAGAUCAUUUUUGUAAGUGCCUAUGUUGUGAAUACAUAGGCACACUUUUUCGAAAAUACUUCUAUUUAUUAAACUUAUUUUUUGUUCAUAAUAAAAACCUCAAAAACCA